AUGAUAAUAGCUGAAAUUUUAAUUUUUUUACUAAGCCUCCAAAUAGAAGUUCUUGAGAGCAAAGAAAUUUGGGCAGGAGAUCAUGAACGAAGACUCUAUUCGAAGCUGCUGGAUGGCUAUAAUAAGCUAGCUCGGCCAGUAAGAAAUGAGUCAGAGCCUGUUCUUGUCUACUUAGGAUUGGAUUAUCAACAGAUUUUGGAUAUAGAUGAGAAACAGCAGAUUAUGCACUCAAACGUCUGGCUUCGCAUGAGUUGGGUGGAUCAUUAUCUGGCUUGGGAUCCUAGUGAAUAUGGAAAUAUCCGAGAAGUUCGAUUACCAAUUAAGACUAUUUGGAAACCGGACGUCUUAUUAUAUAACUCAGUUGAUCAGCAAUUUGAUUCAACCUGGCCUGUCAAUGCUGUUGUAUAUCAUACGGGCAACGUUACCUGGAUCCCACCAGCUGUUAUUCGAUCCAGUUGUCGUAUUGAUGUUGCUUAUUUCCCAUUCGAUACUCAGCAUUGCACAAUGAAAUUUGGUUCUUGGACUUAUUCAGGAUUUUUCACAGAUUUGAGAAAUUCUACUGUCUCCCAUGGAACCUAUCAGCCCAAUGGAGAAUGGGAGUUUCUAGGAUUAACUUCGAAGCGAUCUAUUUUCUACUAUGAAUGUUGUCCUGAACCGUAUUAUGAUAUCACGUUCACAAUUUCAAUUCGGAGACGAACUCUUUACUAUGGAUUCAACUUAAUACUGCCAAGUAUGCUAAUUUCUUGUUUAGCCUUAUUAGGUUUCACAUUGCCAGUUGAAUCGGGCGAGAAACUGAAUCUCUGUGUGACAAUAUUCAUGUCCUUGUGCGUUUUCAUGCUGAUGGUAGCGGAAUCUAUGCCUCAGACUAGUGAUGCACUACCUCUCAUAGAGGUAUACUUCUCAUGUAUCAUGUUUGAAGUAGGAGCGAGUGUAAUCUGUUCUGUUUUCGUCUUGAACUAUCAUCACAGAACUCCUGAAAGCCAUCGGCCUAUGACUCCUUUCGUUAGACGAGUUCUACUCCACUGGCUUCCUCCUCUUCUCUAUAUGGAUCGUCCAAGACAAUUCACUGUAUCGUACGAAAAUGGAGUAUACGAUAUAAAAGAGAAAAAUAAAUCGAAAAACUUCAUAUCGGAUAUCAAAAAUAGAACGUUUUCGUCGAAACGGAGCACGAAAAGUGCGCCGAUGACGACUGCAACUGAUCGCAAAGGAAAAGAUGUUCAUUUGGAUUUUUGCCAUGGAGGCCGUAUUGAAGUUCGCCGGAGACCACUGAGUACAGAGAGAGAAACAUUCUCACUGCCGUUACUGAAUAGUACUAAGUCCGGAACUAUUUCUUCCACAGUCCUCCAUAACAAUAACAGCUUCAAUGGACACUCAAAUAACAACACUUUAUCCAUCAAUCUGGCAAACAUCACUGAGCCUUACCGAUACAGCACAUCAACUAGUAACAAAUUCGAGGAAGGCGCAAAAAAUUCGAAGCUUCAACUGAUCCCUGCUCAGAAGCUCUCGAUUGAUGAAAAACAGUAUAGCAGCAUCAUAGACGAGUUAAGAAUUAUAUCAGCUAGAGUUAAGAAAGAGGAACUAAUGCAUGCGCAUAAGGCUGAUUGGAUGUUUGCUGCCAUGGUCAUUGAUCGUGUGUGUUUCUUUACAUUUACUUUCUUUUUACUUUUAUGCACUCUUGUGAUAUCUUAUCGUGCUCCACAUCUCUUCGUUUGA